AUGUCACAUGAGGACGUUGCACGAGGACAUGGCCCGGCCGUGACCGUCCCCUCUCCCCCUCCAGCUCCCCCCCAGAUCCGCAUCGUCCCCUCCAAGGCCAGCGCCACUCGGGCCACCGUCCUCACCUGCCACGUCUGGGGCUUCUACCCCCCUGAGGUGACCGUCAUCUGGCUGCACAAUGGUGACAUUGUGGGUCCUGGUGACCAUCCCCCCGUCUCCGCUGUCCCCAAUGGUGACUGGACCUACCAGACACAGGUGACAUUGACGGUGACACCGGUGAGCGGUGACACUUUCACCUGCUCCGUGCAACACGUCAGCCUGGACCAACCUCUCCUGGUGGAUUGGGAUCCUGGCUUGUCCCCAAGGUUGACGUUGAUGGUGGCAGCUGCCACCGUGGUGAUGAUGUUGGGACUCACCAUCUUCAUCGUCGGUGUUUAUCGGUACCGGGCCAAGCCACCGGCACCAGGUUACACUCCCCUCCCUGGAGACAACUACCCCGCAGGUAACUAG